AUGGUCGUAGUGGGUAAGAGUAAAGUGCACAAUGUAAGCAUGAGUGGGCGAGAGAAAAAAUCGUUAAUUGCUAUCCUGUCUACCUGUGCGUUGGUCUUUCUCGUGUUUAUAAUUGAUGCUAAAUUUCAACCUGUUUCCAUUUUCCCUAAAUUCUCAAACGGCAGGGGUGAAGAAAAGUCUCUUCAAUUACUUGAUGAAGAAGAGUUUACAAGGCUAGGCUUGACACCUAGGGCGCCAGUAAUCGUAAGGGAUUUAAAAUCUGGGAAGGAGAGAAAACUGCACGGGAGAUUCCUCCAUAUUACUGACAUUCAUCCCGAUCCUUAUUAUGUGGAAGGAAGUUCCGUAAAUGCUGUUUGUCAUGCAGGAAAACCCAGCAAGGAGAAUGAUGUGGCCCCCAAGUUUGGGAAAGCAAUGUCUGGAUGCGACUCGCCAGUUGUUUUAAUGGAAGAAACUUUAAAAUGGAUUAAAGAAAAUUUGAGAGAUAAGAUCGAUUUUGUCAUUUGGACGGGUGAUAAUGUCAGACAUGACAAUGACCGGAAGAAUCCAAGAACGGAAUCGCAAAUUUUUGAUAUGAACAACAUUGUUGCCGGUAAAAUGACGGAGUUAUUUAGUGCUGGAAAUGAAGAAGAUCCGAGAGAUUUCGAUGUAUUUGUUAUUCCAAGUCUUGGAAACAAUGAUGUUUUCCCACAUAAUAUGUUUUCGUUAGGACCAACUUUACAAACUAGGGAGUAUUAUAGGAUUUGGAAAAACUUUGUUCCACAGCAGCAACAAAGAACAUUCGACAGAAGCGCUUCGUACUUGACCGAAGUCAUUCCAGGGAAGCUUGCUGUUCUAUCAAUUAACACACUAUACCUAUUCAAAGCCAACCCCUUAGUUGACAAUUGUAAUUCAAAAAAGCAGCCUGGUUAUCAACUUUUACUUUGGUUUGGUUAUGUGCUAGAAGAAUUAAGGAGCAGAGGAAUGAAAGUAUGGUUAAGUGGACAUGUGCCUCCAAUCCCAAAAAACUUUGAUCAAUCGUGUUAUGAUAAGUUUACGCUAUGGACUCACGAAUACAGAGAUAUCAUCAUUGGAGGAUUAUAUGGUCAUAUGAACGUUGAUCAUUUUAUUCCGACAGAUGGUAAAAAGGCUAGGAAGUCGCUAUUAAGAAAUUUGAAGCAAUAUGAUCGUAUCCUAGAGGAAGAAAACACUGGUGGAGAAGAAGAUGAAACUGAACUGAACAGAAUCUUGGAUCACGCUGUAACGGCAAAAGAGGCUUUUUUAAUGGGAGCCAGACCAUCUAACAAAGAAAUGUACAUGGGCACCGUGCGUGAAACGUACUAUCGAAAAGUGUGGAACAAACUGCAAAGAGUGAAUGCUAGAAAUGUUAAGAGUGAAGAAAAGAAGAAGAGAAAGAAGGACAAAAAAAAGAAAAAGCCACUUACUAGAAAAGAGUUCGUUGAGCGUUAUUCUAUUGUGAACAUUGGUGGCUCGGUAAUUCCAACUUUUAAUCCUGCCUUCAGAAUUUGGGAAUAUAAUAUCAGCGGUAUAGUAAAUGAUUCUGACUUUGCAGUUUCCGGAUACAAACCCUGGGAUGGUUUUUUCGAAUCGUUGGAUAAAGUUAUGGAAAAUUCCUUAUUGGAAGAAGAAAUAAAUGUCAAUGACAUUGAACUCGGAGUUAGCGUCAAGAAGGUCGACCAAAAGAAAAAUAAAAAAAAGAAAAAUGUCGAUAAAACUAUCCCGAUUGAAAUGCCAGACGAGUGCGAACUUGGACCUGCCUAUAUACCGCAGCUGUUUACUCCAACACGUUUUGUUCAAUUUUAUGCAGAUUUGGAAAAAAUCAAUCAAGAACUACAUAGUUCAUUUGGGAAACCUAAAGAUGUCUUUAGAUAUCAGGUAGAAUAUACUUCGGAUGAGAAGCCAUAUUCAAUGGAUUCGCUAACAGUUGGAAGUUAUUUGGAACUAGCAGGUAAGUUAUAUGAGGACAAACCUACAUGGGAAAAAUUUGUUGAAUUGUCAUUUGUAUCUUCUGGAUAUAAAGAUGAUUAA